UUCGCGACCAGAAGCCGAGAGUUAUUGAAUUGCGGUAGUCGCAUUUUCUUGUAUUUAAUUAUUUUUAUUUUAAUUAAGAGUGAAAAAUUACAGAAUGUCUGCAGCAACUAAAGGUAUCUAUAUUGUGGCUGCCAAGCGUACGGCCUUUGGAACUUUCGGUGGGUCCUUGAAGGGUAUCAACCAGACCCAAUUGCAAACCACUGCGGCAAAGGCUGCCCUGGAUGCCGCCGGUCUUAAAGGAGAGCAGGUGGACACCGUCAUCGUAGGAAAUGUGAUUGCGUCCUCCUCCACGGAUGGUAUCUAUGUGCCCCGUCAUGUGGGCCUUAAUUGCGGUGUGCCGAUCGAGAAACCUGCCCUUGGAAUCAACCGAUUGUGCGGUUCCGGCUUCCAGUCAAUUGUUAAUGGAGCGCAGGACAUCCUGGUUGGCGGUGCCAAGGUAGCUCUGACCGGUGGAGUAGAAAACAUGUCCCAGAGCCCGUUCAUCGCCAGGAACGUUCGAUUCGGCACCACAUUGGGCGUCAAUUACAACCUGGAGGAUGCCCUGUGGGCUGGACUCACAGAUACGUACUGCAAGCUGCCUAUGGCCCUGACAGCCGAGAACUUGGCUGAUCAGUACAAGAUUACCAGGGAGCGCGUGGAUGAGUUCUCUCUGCUCUCACAGAAGAACUGGGAAAAGGGUCAGAAGGAGGGUGCUUUUAACGCUGAGAUCACACCUAUCAAACUUAAGGUCAAGGGCAAGGAGGUGGACUUUGUGGUGGACGAACACCCUCGCCCCAAGACCACCAUUGAGGGUCUGAAUAAGUUGCCCUCGCUCUUUAAGAAGAAUGGCGUUGUGACAGCCGGAACUGCCUCCGGAAUUUGUGAUGGAGCCUCUGCUGUCAUUGUGGCCUCAGAGGAAGCCCUCAAGGAGUACAACCUUAAGCCACUUGCUCGUCUGGUGGCCUUCUCCUUUGUGGGCGUGAAACCCGAGAUCAUGGGAAUUGGUCCAGUGCCCGCCAUUCAGAAUGUCCUAAAGGUAUCUGGAAAGAAACUGGAGGACAUUGAUCUGAUUGAGAUCAAUGAAGCCUUUGCUGCCCAGACAUUGGCUUGUGCCGAUGCUCUGAAGCUGGAUCCCUCAAAGCUGAAUGUGAACGGUGGCGCCAUCGCUCUGGGUCACCCUCUGGGUGCCAGUGGCUCUCGUAUCACUGGUCACCUGGUGCACGAGUUGCAGCGCAAGAAGCUGAAAUACGGCAUUGGAUCCGCCUGCAUUGGAGGUGGUCAGGGCAUCGCUCUUCUCCUCGAGGCGGUUUAAGCUCACAGCUCAACUGGAACUCGUCCUGCAUUUACACUUAAACUAGAGCUACAAUUUCCGUUUCAAAACUCCCCCGAUAGCAAUAAAGAAAUUAUUUUACCUUUA